GAAAGCCGAGCGUGGAUGAGGACGUGGAGCCAUCCCCGGCACCCGUUUCUGCCAGCCCGCGGUGCUCGGAGCUCCUUUCCCGAGGCUUGCGAGGAGUCGUGCUUCUGCCGGGAGGCGAGACUUGGUGGUGAGGACAGCUCCUGGCACGCAGCCAUGGACGCGGCGCUGAUCGUCCUCUGCUCCCUGCUGGUGCCGGUGGCCGUGGCAGACGUGGGGACCCAGGAGAAGGAGGAAGACCCCUUUAACUACGAUUACCAGAGCCUGAGGAUCGGCGGGCUGGUGUUUGCCGUGGUGCUGUUCACCGUGGGCAUCCUGCUUAUCCUCAGCAGGAGGUGCAGGUGCAGUUUCAGCCACAAGCCCAGAGCCCCGGGGGAUGAAGAGGCUCAGGCUGAGAACUUGAUUGCCUCCAACGCAACGGGAGCACAGAAAGCAGAGAACUGAAGCGGAGCCAUGCGACCCAGCGCCCCCAGGACAGGCACUCGGACUGCAGCCACCACCUGCCUGCCAGGAGCCUGACCCCACAGCACCGGGUCCCCCCGGGGAGCCGCGGCGCUGCUGUGCCCGGGUUCCCCCCGCACCUGCCCAGCAGCUCCGUGCCCCCCAGCCUGGCCGAGCUCCCCCCGUCCCGUGCCUCCAGUGCUGUGUGACCGUCCUGUAAGGUGCUCGUUGCCUCUAGGGCUCGUCGUUGCCGGUGUUGUGGUAGUGAUUUCUCCUCACCUUUCUCGUGCUGUGAGUGUGAUGGGGCUGGGUAGGGGCAGGAGCUGUCCCCCAGCCCGUGUUCCCCCCGGUUUGCCUCUGGGAGCUGGGCUGCUCCCCCCCGCCCUGCCCCUGGCCACCUGCCCAGGGACCACCGAGGGGCCGAGCAGGCUCCUGGGGUUUGUGGAGCACCUCUGUGGUGCUGCAGAAAUUCCCCUGCUCCCUCCCGAGCCCGGGCACGGGAGCUGCAGGGCACGGAGAGCCCCGGGGCUAUGCCUGGAGCAGUGCGGGGACCAAGCCCCCCGUCCCACUGCCCAGCCCAGGGGGGCUGCCGAGCACUGGUGCGUGGUGGUGCCAGCGCUGGGCACCAUCCCCCUGGUGGAGCAGCCCAGCAGAGUUUUGGGGGUUUUUCCAGCCGUCUGUGGGCUGCGUUGGGAGCAGCAGGGAGCAGCCUGCCCCGCACGGUGCUGCUGCCCCAUGUUGAGGCUCAGCAAUAAUCCCGCAGGCACCCAGGGGCUCGGCUCUGCUGGGACGCCUCGGUGCUGGGCGUGAGGUGUGGGGGGAGCCUGGUGCAGCCCUGCCCCAUCUGCUCAGCACCCCCUGUCCCUGGCCAGGACCACGCAGCCUGGGGCAGGAUUCUGCAGGGCUGCGGGUGGGCUCUGUCCCUCAGUGUCACAUCCCCUGGUGGCACCAGGGAGCAGGCUCCAUCCCCUCCGUGCAAGGCAGAGGGACCGUGUCCUGUGUACCUUGUCCCUUCCACCCCACCAACAGCCUCAGCUCCCCCCCGUCUCCGUGCUGCCCCCCAGCCGCAGCCCCCCCAUGCCCCCCAGCCCCCAGUGUCGCUGUGUGCGUGUCCCGGUGUCGGUGUUGGAGUGCCCGUGGUGUCCGUGGCGUGCCGUCGGUGUGAACACGAAACAAAGCAACCCCCGUGGUGUGUGCAAACGGCCGUACCCCGGCUGCUGUGAGAUAACCCCAGCUCCCCUCCUGCCCCCUGAGCAGGGGGAGCGCCUGCUGCUGCGGGAAGGGACGGGCGUGUUGGCUGCCGUCAGUCGGGGGGGCGAGGAAUAAAACUUGGUUUCUA